GGGGCGGGGAAGAGGAAGGGCUAGAAAAGUCCCCGCCCCAAAAGGGGCUGAUUGGAGAAACAUUUGUUUUCUCUCCCGCUGGUUGGUGGUCGUUUUUCCCCACCCAGCAAUGUGGUCACGUGGUGCAUCAACUUUCACACAGGAUGUCUGCCUCCCGACUUCCCCUUAGCAACGGAGUGGCGGCGCUUGGUUUCCCUAGCUACCAGGCAAAGCAUCUGAUGCGUGGACCCGGCACCGAAAACCUCUCUUGAGAAGGAGUCCCACCCAACUCCUCUCAUCUGUAAAAUGAGCACAUAGGUCUUCUGUUAGCCACUUUACAACCGCGCUGGGACCUUCAAAACUCUAGUCCUGGACUUUCAGGCCUUCAGAUAAGCAAUGCUAGUAAGCAUUUCCUCAGGGAGCAGAGCCCGAAGAGUUUUUCAAGGGAUUCCAUCCCCCAUCCUCCUGGCCUGAUUCCUUUUAAAGGAAAGAAAGGACAAUUCUGAAUCUGUUUCUCAGGAGUUUUCUCUCCGCUGCUUCCCCUGCCCUCCUACCGUUGGUCUUCAUCAACAACAUUAUCAUCAGACAAGUCAACAAAACCUACAUUGGGUGGCACCAGGCCUUGGUGACGUGCAUAAGAAGUAGAAGAUUUGAAAUCAGAAUUAAGAAUCAUUUCCCAAAGUACAGCACCUUUCUUUGAAAAAGUACAAACACUUUACAGGGAAGAUGAACCAGCCGUGCAACUCGUUGGAGCUGAGAGUGAUGGACGAGGACAUGCUCAAGCAGGCGGUGGUGGAGCAGGGUCCACAGGAAGAGGCCGGGCAGCUGGCCAAGCAGGAGGGCAUCCUCUUCAAGGACGUCCUGUCCCUGCGGCUGGACUUCCAGAACAUCCUCCAUAUAGACAACCUCUGGCAGUUUGAGAACUUGAGGAAGCUGCAGCUGGACAAUAACUUCAUUGAGAGGAUAGAGGGCCUGGAGAAACUCACACAGCUGGUCUGGCUAGACCUGUCCUUCAACAACAUAGAGGUCAUUGAGGGAUUGGACACAUUGGUCAACUUGGAGGACUUGAGUUUGUUCAACAACCGGAUCUCCAAGAUCGACUCUCUAGAUGCCCUUGUCAAGCUGCAGAUGCUGUCCCUGGGCAACAAUGACAUCGGAAACAUGAUGAACAUCAUCUACCUGAGGCGGUUCAAGAACCUGCGGACACUCAGACUCUCUGGGAACCCCAUUGCUAAUGAGGAGGAGUACAAGUUGUUCAUCUGUGCCUACCUGCCUGACCUUGUCUACCUGGACUUCCAGCGCAUCGAUGAGCACACGAAAGAGCUGGCAGAGACCAAGUACCAGUACAGCAUUGAUGAGCUGAAGCACCGGGAGGACAUGAUACAGACCCGGCAGGAGGAAGAGCAGGCCCUGCAGGAUUUGCUGGCGGAACACAAGGCCGCAUUCGUGGAACACAUGAACGGCUCCUUCCUGUUUGACAGCAUGUACACAGAAGACGUGGAGGGCAGCAAGCUGGCCUACCUGCCCGGCGUCAGUGAUCUCCUGGAGACCUUCAAGGACAAAUUCGUCAUCAUCUGCAUAGACAUUUUUGAAUAUGGACUGAGCCAGCAGGAGAAGAGGAAACUGGAGCUUGAAACCUUCAAUGAGGGUAUCUAUGAGGCCAUCCAGGAAAACCAGGAGCAAGGCAAACAAAUGAUUGCCAAGUUUGAGGAGAAGCACUUGCUGAGUUUAAAUGCCAUUCGCCAUGAGUCUGAUCUGACCAGCAUUGAGACAAAGAUCACAGAAUCCUCUGAGGCCAUCAACGAACUGUUUGACACGCUCAUGACACUGGAGAUGCAGUUGGUAGAACAGCUGGAGGAAACGAUAAACAUGUUUGAAAGGAAUAUCAUUGACUUAAUGGGAACCUUCAUCGAAAAUGUUCAAAGCCUAUAUCCUUUCCUUGAUGACCCUCCAUGGGAACGGGCUCCUGAGCCUUGGGUUUAUUCUGGUCUAGACCAGCGCUCUGCCUGCCUCCAGGAGAGCUACAUGGAGGAGCCGCCAUCUUUAAAAUGGCAGCUUUUUGUCGACAAAGACACGAUUGUGAAUGCUGUGGGGGCCUCCCAUGACAUCCACCUCCUGAAGAUCGACAAUCGAGAAGACGAGUUGGUGACCAGGGUCAACUCUUGGUGCUCACAGUUAGUGGACAAGGUUCACAAGGAUGAGAUCAUGAGGAACCGCAAGCGAGUGAAGGAGAUCAAUCAAUACAUCGACCAUGCGCAGAAUGAACUGGACAACCUGGAAUGUGGCUAUAUCAUUGAUUAGGCUAUUAGCUGGGGUUGCCUUGGAAAACACAGCACCUGUGUGCUUUGACCAGCAGAGCACACAUUUCACUGCCUCAGAAGAGAAUUACUGGGAAUUUCUCAACUCGUGAGUCCCUAAUGCCAUUCUUCCCCCACCUCCACCCUGGGAAAAAACCUCCAAAUGUAAAGAAAAAUAAAGGACUU